GGAGGAGGAGGAGGAAGUGAAACAGGAUAUGUAUCUCGGGUUUGCACAUAGAUCUGCCUGCCACCACUUUUGUUGCGAAUGUGAGCGGAUCUCGAUCCACCACGGCUGACUUGGGUAUAUUCCAGAGUUGUAUAACCGUAUUAUUUCUCUUCUUGAUCAGGCCCAAGUUGGGAUCUUUCUUGGUUUCCGAUAAGGGUACUUUCUGCAAGAGGUACGAGGAAAGAUGAAGUUCUGCAAGAGGUACGAGGAGUACAUUCAGGGGAGGCGGGAGAAGGAGCUGCCCGCCGUCGGGUUGAAGAAGCUGAAGAAGACUCUCAAGAGGUGCAGGAGAGAAUUCCAGUCCCGGCAUCUGCAUCAAGAUGGAGGAGAAGGAGAUGGGAGCAAACACAAUGGAAAUUGUGCAGUUUGUGAUGGCACUUUCUUUCCUUCCCUUCUCAAGGAGAUGUCAGCUGUCGUCGGCUGCUUCAACCAACGAGCUCAGAAGUUACUCGAAUUGCAUUUGGCAUCAGGCUUUCACAAGUACAUUAUGUGGUUCAGAGGUAAGUCCUCACAGGACCAUGGAGCGAUGAUACAACAAGGCAAGGAUCUCGUCUCAUAUGCUCUCAUAAACUCCAUUGCCAUGAGGAAGAUACUCAAGAAAUAUGACAAGAUCCACUACUCGAAUCGAGGGCAGGCAUUCAGGUCUAAGGCACUCAGUAUGCACAUCGAGAUCCUUCAAUCUCCAUGGCUCUGUGAGCUGAUGGCCUUCUACGUUAAUAUGAGGCAGGGAAAAACCAAGAGCAAAGCCAUCGUCCGGCUAUUCGGUGAUUGCUCGCUCACAUUCGACGAUGAUGGCAAACCGGUACUUUCCUGCGGCCUCUUUGAUUCUAUGAAGGUUGAAAUCGAUUUGACUUGUUCCAUCUGCUUGGACACCGUCUUCGACCCCGUUGCUCUCACCUGUGGCCAUCUGUUCUGCUACAUGUGUUGUUGUUCUGCUGCAUCGGUAACGAUAGUCGAUGGUUUAAAGGCAGCAAGCCCCAAAGCGAAAUGCCCUCUUUGUCGACGCGAAGGAGUACAUGCAGGUGCAGUGCACCUGGAUGAGUUGAACAUCCUGUUAAGCCACAGCUGCCCUGAUUACUGGGAGAAGCGACUUCGGACCGAAAGAGUAGAACGCGUUCUCCAGGCGAAGGAGCAUUGGCAGUCUCUGAGCCGAGCUUUCAUGGGCAUGUGAGAAGAGACCUGGUUCAGCUUCUUUGGUUUUCUUUUCUCUUGGUGGAUUCCUCAGUUUGCGGUUUGGUCUGUUUUCAUUCAUGCCAUCUCUCUCUCUCUCUGUAAUAAAUAAUAGCUGAAAAUAAUUUGACCGAUAUUUCUUGUAAAUAUAGGCUUGACCAUUAAAUUGA